AGGGCCGCGCAGAGCGGGAGUUCUACGUGAAGUGGGCCGGCCUCUCAUACUGGCACUGCUCCUGGGUCAGCGAGCUGCAGUUGGAGCUGUAUCACGCGGUCAUGUAUCGGAACUACCAGCGUAAGAACGACAUGGACGAACCUCCGCCAUUUGACUACGGCUCGGGUGAGGAGGAGCUCAACAACGAGAAGAGGAGGAGCAAAGACCCCCAAUACGCUGCAAUGGAGGCGCGCUUCUACCGCUACGGCAUUAAACCAGAGUGGCUGGUGAUGCACCGGAUAGUAAACCACAGUUUCGAUAAGGACGGAGAUGUGCAUUACCUGAUCAAGUGGAGAGACCUGCCCUACGACCAGUGCACCUGGGAAGGGGAUGACUUUGACGUCCCGGAAUAUGAAAUUCACAAAGCUUCUUACUGGGACCACAGGGAGCAAAUACUCGGUGAGGACCAACGCCCCCUGGUGGUGAGGAAAGGAAAGAAACUCAAAGAGGACCAUCAAAAGAGGGAGGUCCCUCCUGACGCUCCCAUCAUAGAUCCAACCAUCAAGUUUGAGCACCAGCCGUGGUAUAUUAACGCCACGGGGGGCACGCUGCACCCCUACCAGCUGGAGGGUCUGAACUGGCUGCGGUUCUCCUGGGCUCAGGGCACCGACACCAUCCUGGCUGAUGAGAUGGGGCUGGGGAAGACGGUGCAGACCAUAGUGUUCCUCUACUCACUCUAUAAGGAGGGUCACUCGAAGGGGCCCUUCCUGGUGAGUGCGCCCCUCUCCACCAUCAUCAACUGGGAGAGGGAGUUUGAGAUGUGGGCUCCGGACUUCUACGUGUUGACCUACACCGGAGACAAAGACAGCCGGGCGAUCAUCAGGGAGAACGAGUUCACCUUCGAGGACAACGCCGUGAAGUCCGGACGCAAGGUGUUCCGCAUGAAGAAAGACACUCCCAUCAAGUUCCACGUGCUGCUGACCUCUUACGAGCUGAUCACCAUCGAUCAGGCCAUCCUGGGCUCCAUCACCUGGGCCUGCCUGGUGGUGGACGAGGCCCACCGACUGAAGAACAACCAAUCAAAGUUUUUCAGAAUCCUCAACGGGUAUAAGAUCUACUACAAGCUGCUGCUCACUGGGACUCCUCUUCAGAACAACCUGGAGGAGCUGUUCCACCUGCUUAACUUCCUCACCCCUGUACGCUUCAAUAACCUGGAAGGCUUCCUGGAGGAGUUUGCUGAUAUCUCUAAGGAGGACCAGAUCAAGAAGCUCCACGACCUACUGGGCCCUCACAUGCUCAGACGGCUGAAAGCGGACGUCUUCAAGAACAUGCCUUCAAAGACAGAGCUGAUCGUCCGGGUGGAGCUCAGCCCCAUGCAGAAGAAAUACUACAAGUUCAUUUUGACACGAAAUUUUGAGGCUUUGAACUCGAAAACUGGAGGGAACCAAGUGUCGCUGCUCAACAUUAUGAUGGACCUGAAGAAGUGCUGCAACCAUCCCUACCUGUUCCCAGUGGCUGCUGUGGAAGCUCCUGUAUCACCCAACGGCUCGUAUGAUGGCAACCAACUGGUGAAGUCCUCAGGAAAAGUGACGCUGCUUCAGAAAAUGCUGAGGAAACUCAAAGACGAAGGACACAGAGUUCUCAUUUUCUCUCAAAUGACAAAGAUGUUGGAUCUGCUUGAGGACUUCCUGGAGUUCGAGGGUUAUAAAUAUGAACGUAUUGAUGGAGGAGUUACAGGAGGCCUGAGGCAGGAGGCCAUUGACCGCUUCAAUGCCCCCGGCGCUCAGCAGUUCUGCUUCCUGCUUUCAACUAGAGCUGGUGGUCUUGGCAUCAACCUCGCGAGUGCUGACACCGUCAUCAUCUACGACUCGGACUGGAACCCUCACAAUGACAUCCAAGCUUUCAGCAGGGCUCAUCGUAUAGGCCAAAACAGGAAGGUGAUGAUCUAUCGCUUUGUGACGCGCGGCUCGGUGGAGGAGCGGAUCACUCAGGUGGCGAAGAGGAAGAUGAUGCUGACCCACCUGGUGGUGAGGCCCGGCCUGGGCUCCAAAACUGGAUCCAUGUCCAAACAGGAACUGGACGAUAUCCUCAAGUUCGGCACCGAGGAGCUUUUCAAAGAUGAAAUAGAAGCAGCACGAGCCAUGGGUGACAACAAAGAUUGUGAAGAGGGAAAUGUGAUUCACUACGAUGAUGACGCCAUCUCCAACCUGUUGGACCGCAGUCGGGACGCCACCGAAGACACAGAGAUUCAGAACACGAACGAGUACCUGAGCUCCUUCAAGGUGGCUCAGUAUGUGGUGAAAGAAGAGGAAGGAGAGGAGGAGGUGGAGCGGGAGAUUAUCAAGCAGGAGGAGAACGUGGAUCCGGAUUUCUGGGAGAAACUCCUCCGUCACCACUACGAGCAGCAGCAGGAGGACCUGGCCCGCAACCUGGGGAAAGGCAAACGCAUCCGGAAGCAGGUCAACUACAACGACACCACCCAGGAGGACCAAGACAAUCAGUCGGAGUACUCCGUGGGGUCCGAGGACGAGGACGAAGAUUUCGAGGAGAGGCCUGAAGGAGGACGCAGACACUCUCGUCGGCAGAUGAAGAAUGAGAAGGACAAACCUCUGCCUCCCUUACUGGCACGGGUUGGGGGCAGUAUUGAGGUGCUGGGGUUCAACGCCCGGCAGAGGAAAGCCUUCCUGAACGCCAUCAUGCGUUGGGGCAUGCCCCCUCAGGACGCCUUCAACUCCCAUUGGCUGGUUCGAGACCUGAGAGGGAAGAGCGAGCGUGAGUUCAGGGCCUAUGUGUCUCUGUUCAUGAGACAUCUGUGUGAGCCGGGGGCAGACGGAGCAGAGACGUUCGCUGACGGAGUCCCACGCGAGGGACUGUCUCGUCAGCACGUUCUCACCAGGAUCGGAGUCAUGUCCCUCGUCAGGAAGAAGGUGCAAGAGUUUGAGCAUGUAAAUGGGAAGCUGAGUUCUCCGGACCUGAUUCCCAUCGGCAUGGAGCUGAAGAAACUGACGGAGAGUUUGUCUUCAGAUCCCAACACGCCUGUUCCUGCCAGCCCUGUGGCCACGCAGCCGGGCACCCCCAUCCCACCAGAGAAGCCUGAGUCUCUCUUGAGUGCUGCUGAAGACAAGGACACCACAGAGCAAGAUGGCAAGAAAGUUUCAGAACAGGAAUCUUCCAGUGCUGAGGCAGCGUCUGCACCUGAGAAGGCGGCUGACAGCGAGGAGAGCAAGGCCAGCUCAGAGGAGAAAACAGGAGAUGAGAGGGACAGAACCGAGUCGCCCUCUGCAAAGACCGAGCCAUCUGCCAACUCCAAGGAGUCUGCUUCCAAACAGCCAGAGCUACCAGCCAGUCAAACCUCGCCUAGAAUUGAGCCCAGCAAGGAACCAGAAAAGUCCUCAGAAAAAGGAGAUACUGAUUCACUUUCGGCAAAAACUGAAGACAAAGAAACUGUGGCAGACGAUAUGAAGAGUGAAGAUGCAUUAGAGGGUCGAUUAAAUGGAGAUAAAGACACGUUGGACGAGAUGGAUGACAGCAGGAAGGAGGACAAAAAUGGAUACAAAGUCAAGUUCAUGUUCAAUAUCGCUGAUGGAGGUUUUACAGAGCUGCACACCCUCUGGCAGACUGAGGAGCGAGCGGCGCUGUCUUCAGGAAAGAUGCAUGACAUCUGGCACCGUCGCCAUGACUACUGGCUCUUAGCCGGCAUCGUAACACACGGCUACGCUCGUUGGCAGGACAUCCAGAAUGACCCGCGUUAUGCUAUUCUGAACGAGCCCUUCAAAACUGAGAUUCAUAAGGGCAACUACCUCGAGAUGAAGAACAAGUUCCUCGCACGCCGCUUUAAGCUGUUGGAGCAGGCUCUGGUGAUCGAGGAGCAGCUGAGGCGGGCAGCGUACCUGAACAUGACCCAGGACCCCAGCCACUCCGCCAUGGCCCUCAACGCCCGCUUCGCUGAGGUGGAGUGUCUGGCCGAGUCCCACCAGCACCUGUCCAAAGAGUCCAUGGCCGGGAACAAGCCUGCCAACGCCGUGCUGCACAAAG